AUGAACGCCAUAUCAUUAGCGAUACUUGCCAUCUUACCGUUUCUCGCUCGAUUGAAAGCUCAAGAAGCGAGUGCGAAUGGUGGACCCGAUUUAACACAAUUCCCUGAAUGGGUCACCAAUGAUUACGACUGUGUAAUUGGUUGUUUAUCUGGAUUUAACGAUACGAUCACCACAAUCCCUUUACCGGAUCUCGAAUCUUCUUCGUUCGGAUGUGCUUCUUCUUCGUGUCAAGGUGAUGGUACUGGUAAUUAUUAUCAAACGCGUUAUUACAUCCAAUUAUUCUACGCAACUGGAAGUAUCUACGAAUGGGCCGAUUCCGCUCCUGAUGGAUACAAACAUGCCACUUUCACCUGGGGAGAAGCUGAACAACAAGCUCAAUCAAGUGCAAGUGCCGAACAAGCCACUGCAUCCGACCCUUGGAGUGCUGAUGUAGCUGAAGCAACUGCUGCCGCUUCUGGUGGUGGUACAGGUGGUCUUGCAGUGGUUUCCUCCACUGGUACAGAUGGUCAAGGAGCAAGUACUACUGGAGGCGAGAGUGCAAGUGCAGCUGCGACAGAUGGAGUAUCCAGUGCUCCUGGAGAAACAGGUAGUCACACACAAUCAUCUGCUAAAAGUGCUACUUCUUCAGCUAUCCCAACUGCGUCCGGAAGUACCAACGGUACAAAAUCAGGUAAUGGAACUACCAAUGGUAAUGGUACUGCGGACGGUAAUGGAUCAAGUGAUGCCCUUCCUGCUAUGCUCACUGGAUUAGGUGGAUUAGGCAUACAUGGUCUAGUUUGUAUGGUCGUUGGUUUAGUAUCACUAGGUCUGGGAGGUGUAGUAACUGGUUUAUAG